UCGUCUCUCCAGCUGCCGCAGCAUCACUAUCCUGAGGGAAACUGCCUUGCUUGUUUGCAUACGGGUUUCUCUUCCAUUUUCCACCCCCUUCCCCUAUCUCGACAGAUACCAAUGGGAAAGGAUUUUUGAAUUCACGACGCGAGCAGCAACAAACACAUAGCCGCCAUGCUGCGAGUCAGAGCGACAAACUUGUCACGUUCUUGCAACAACGCUCAACUAUUUUAACUAUCCAAAGGAAUUUUUUUUUCUAACCAAGUCUGCAGUCUUUCCCCCGGUCAUGAUCACACCUUGGUAGCCUGCCUGGUAGGGGCUUGUGGAGGUUGUGAAGAGUGGAGCCACCACCUCUUCUCACUCUCCCCAGCGUGUGGAUCUUUUGAGUGGGCUACAGAGUUUGAUCAGGGUUGUGGACCAUCUUUGCAUCCUACGCCCCACUUCAGUGUUUUCAAGCCUGUGCAGAACUGAAGAAAGCGUUUUCAUGAAUCAAUAUCAGCUAGUUGAAGCCAUGACGGACAACUUGAGAACUGUGUGAUUCUCCGAAAAAGGAGGAGCUGCUCAUCUAGUAGUGCCUCCCGUCGACUCGUUGUGGAGCCACAGAGGAAACUUUACUGUUCCGAAGCUUCUUCCGGAAUCCAAUAUGGCUUUUGGAGUUCUAGGGGUCUUCCUAGGUCUUCUCCUGGAGGUUUCUACACACGGACCCCACAGCAUGCCCCGGACCUCCUGGAAACACGAGGAGGUCAACUUGGUGGAGUUUGCUGAACCAGGAAUCUUUAACUACUCCACACUGUUGCUGAGUGAGGAUAAGAACGUGCUCUAUGUCGGAGCGAGGGAGGCCAUCUUUGAGCUCAGCAUGACCAAUGUGUCAGUCAAGAACAACAAGGUUGAAUGGCAGGUCUCUGAAGCUGAUAUGUCCAUGUGCAUCUUAAAAGGAAAAUCUAAAGAGACGGAUUGUCUGAACUACAUACGGGUUUUACAAGUGUUGGACAACAACCAGCUUUAUGUUUGCGGGACUCACGCAUUUCAGCCCGUCUGUCGCUAUCUGUCCCUGAAGGGUUUCAGUCUGGAGGGUCCGGUGGAGGAUGGCCGGGGAAAGUGUUCCUUUGACCCAGCUCAGAGCUUCACCACUAUCAUGGUUGAUGGAGAACUUUACUCUGGGACAUCAUAUAACUUCUUAGGAAGUGAACCUAUUAUCUCCAAAUAUUCUCUUUCUCAGAGUCUGUUGCGAACGGAGUAUUCAACAUCUUGGCUCAACGAGCCCAGUUUUGUCUUUGCCGAUGUCAUCCGAGAGGGGGAAAACAGUGCCAACGGCGAGGACGAUAAGGUCUACUACUUUUUUACCGAAGUGUCUGUGGAGUACGAGUUCUUCGGCAAGCUGCUCAUACCAAGGAUAGCCCGCGUCUGCAAGGGUGAUCUAGGUGGACAGCGGACACUGCAAAAGAAAUGGACAAGUUUCCUGAAGGCGAAGCUGGUGUGUUCAAUGCCUGAGCUCAACUUUGUGUUCAAUGUGGUCCAUGAUGUGUUUAUUCUGAAGACGCCUAACUGGAGAGAGACGGUCAUCUACGGAGUGUUCACAUCACAAUGGGGAAAUGUAGGCCUGUCUGCAGUCUGCGCCUACAACAUGUCUUCUGUGGAGGAUGUGUUCUCGAAGGGGAAAUACAUGCAGAAAGCCACAGUGGAACAGUCUCACACCAAAUGGGUGAGGUACAAUGGAAUCACCCCCACCCCUCGCCCAGGAGCUUGCAUCAACAACCACAACCGUCUCCAGAACAUCAACAACUCUCUCCACCUGCCUGAUAAGACACUCCAGUUUGUGAAGGACCAUCCUCUGCUAGAGGACCCCGUCUUGCCCAUAGGAAAUGGUCCCAAACUCAUCACCAAGGACAUCAACUACACCCAGAUCGCCGUAGAGCGGGUACAGGCACUGGACAACAACAUGUAUGACGUCAUCUUCACUGGAACGGAUAAAGGAGUCCUGCACAAGUCAGUGUUGUACGAAGAAGAGGUCCAUACGGUGGAAGAGAUUCAGCUUCUUCACAACUCCGAGCCCAUCAAGAACUUGCUUAUCUCAUCACAGGGGACAAGCUUCCUGUAUGUUGGCUCUGACUCAGGUGUAGUGCAGUCUCCGACUGCAUUCUGUGAGAAGUACCCGUCUUGUUUGGACUGUAUUUUGACCCGGGAUCCCUACUGUGCCUGGGACCCAAACACGUCUGCCUGCAUAAACAUCUUUCACACCCAGGGCCCCUCACGCCGAAACUUGAUCCAGAACCUUAGCGGCGACGCAGACAAUUGUCCCUCAGUGCCGGGCCUGUCAGUGGAGAACUACCAGCGUGUGAAAGUCAAACCCGGGAGCUCAGUGGAACUUCCGUGCCUCAUUCGUUCCAACAUGGCCGUCGCGGUCUGGAAGGCAAAUGGCAGCUUGCUGACUGAGGCCUCGAGGUUCCACCUGAUGGGAGAGACAGGGCUGCUCAUUUACAGCGUUGCCCCGGAAGACCAGGGCCUCUAUGAGUGCUGGUCCCUGGAGUGGGCCCCGGCAAUGAGAAAAAACUUCAGCCGCAUCCUGGCCGGGUAUAUCCUGGUUCUAGAUGUACCACGGAGGGCUUCACCGCGAGGCCACCCACCUCAGACUGCCGUCACCCGGACCCAGUCCAACCCUGCCACCGAAGGUAAUAAUGUUGUGAGGCUCCUCCCACUAACCUCAGCCACGCCCAGACCCUCUACCCCCACCUCUCCACCGCCCCCCCGUAGCGCCUCACCAUCACUAACCACGCCCCUCAGCAGUGACACUGACCCACUCCCACCCGAGCUCCCCUCCCCCAGUGUUGCCCCCAUUCCAGAUAAUGUGGACCCUGAGUACCUCCAGCACGACAACAGCCGGGCGCUCCUCUUUCUCUUCCUCCUGUUCUUCAUACUCUUUCUGGCUGCGCUGGCGUACAACUGCUACAUGCGGUACCUUCCAGGCCCUUGUCUCCGCCUGCGUGCUGCUCUGCUCGGCGGCCACAAGAAACCCCCGACUGAGUACGAGGCCUGUGAGGCUGGCCUAAUGGUUCCAGUCGAAAAGACGGACCUAAUGGAUCAGACUCAACCACACCAGAAUGGGGUGAAGCUCCGGGCCCUGAGGGACACGGGCUACGAAACCGAGCCGGAAUGUGGCAAUGGCCGGAUCCCCUCUCACAGCCUUGGGGGCGAUGGGAGUCCCUCAAAAGAGAAGCCCUUUGAUGUGGACAGCGACUCACAGCCUAUUGAAUUUGCAGAUGCAGAUCAAGAGGCUUCUCCGUACUGAUGGCCAUCUCAGCUCCUUUUUACGAGCGUGACAACUGUUAGGUUAAGGCAUGUUAUUCCUUGUCUCUCUGUCUCGCUCUCUGUCUUGCUCUUUCUCUCAUAUACACCUAUGAUAUACAUGCUGGUUUGCUCAGUCUCUCCCUGUCUUUUGGAAGUGCAGAUGGACAGACAGGCUGAGGACUAAUUAUUUUCCACUUGCCAUUCUGAAAACUCUACCCACAAUGUCAAUUUAAUGAAGGACCUACUAACUUAAUUUCAGUUGUAGCCAAAUCCCUAGACAGACUAAAAUCUGUAACUCACUAUCUCUGCCAUGCCCUGCUAGAAAAGCAGAUUUUUUUUCAUUCCAAAUUGGAAACAUUGUUUACCAAAUUGGUAAGUUAAAGUGUUUUCCAAAUUGGAGCCUUUUUACAAUUUCUUUUAUUAAUUUUUUUUACAAUUCGGUGUAAGCGUCUUAACUUCAACUGUAUUUUUCAGAGUUUCCAGUGAAUAACGUUAUUUGACACAUAGGUCAGCUGCUUUACAUCUCAAUCUAUAGUAUGUACAAUUAUCUCAUAUAUGCUGUAGUGCGACCUGUAAAUUCUCAGGGAUGGUUUGUUUGUAUGCUCUACGCCUUGUUCUAUUUGAACAUGUGCAUUCUCACCUCAAUCAGAGAAUGGUAGUAAGAAAAAUUGUUAAAUGUCGUUGGUAAACUGACAGUUAACAAUGGCCAUUGACUGUGAUUGAAGACAUGGUACGACUGUGGUACAAGAUCUGUAGUGACAGUGGAGGAGCUUGGGUCGCAACAAACCUAAGAAGGUUAAUCAGCUGUUUUUGGAAAAGGGGGAAGAUGGUUGUAGCAUUCAGAAGGUGUUUUGUGCUGACAUUGAAUAAACCAAAAUAGGGAAGGGAAUCAUCGUGACUCCUCAGAGGAAAUGGAAAAUUCCAGACACUCACACCACUUCUGCCUGAAGUGCAGAGCCGUCUCCAGAAUAACCCUGUUCUAAUCCAACUGCUUUUAUUUGUAAUAUCCUGUGACUCCCUAGUUCCAUAUUUACUAGACAUGUUCUUCCAUCAUUAAUCUGUGUUGUUUUGUUUUUCCCCACUGGUUAAAUGAACAUAAGUAUGUACAAUGUGAAAGCUUUUAAAGGCUAGAAAGGUAUGAAAAGAAGUAAUUAUCAUGAAAUAUUAUAUACAUUUUUGUGGUUCUUUUAUUGUUGAAACAUGGCCCCUGGAAGCAAUUACGUCUAUUUUUUAUUUAUUGAAGCAUUGUUUUACAGUCUUUAAAGGGGAUUUAUUUAAGACCUGUACUUUCUUAUUUCAUCUUUAGUGUAGUUAUUUGUUUCAUUGUAUUUCUAUGUUCGAAAUGCCCCUUUAAACAGGUACACAUAUUGCUUCCCCUCCUCUCUGUUUACCUGUCACACAUUUCUUUUCAUACCUGGCCGUUUUCCUCAGAGAACUCUCUUUCUUUCCUCCAUCACUCCCUCCCUCUGU